GUCGCGGCACCAUGGCCUUGACAUAGCGCGGGAGCAGCAAGCUACAGCUCUGAUUCCCUGAGGUCAUGUCACUCUUCUUCCCCUGGUGCUGCAAACCCUGGAGUGCAGAGAAGGCCCAUGUGGAUCAAAACACGGAGUAUGUAAGAGCCUUGCCCUUGAGCAGCUCGAAUCAACCCCACUUCCCCAAGGCCAUGAUCUACUCGGGAGAGCAGGACCAGCCGGCAGAGAUGCAACAGGCAUCGGUCAGUCGCACACUUGAGCCAGUGAGGUGUAUGGUACCACAGCUCAGUACCGAGAACCAGGAGAAGGUUCGCCUGCAGAUGGCCGUGCGACGCUUUGUUCAGGACGCCACAGAGGGCAUGUCCGUGGAUCUCCUCGAUGAGGACAGUGGUACUGCCACAGUUGCAAGGCUCCAGUUGGACAGGCGCUUGCAGUGUUUACAGUUGUCCAUGCCAGAUGAGACGCGCAUCUACAAGAUGCAGGAUAUGAUCGCCAUCUUUCGUGACAAGGAGUUUACCAGCCUUGUACCCGGGCUCUCCCACCUUUCGGGUCGCUGUGUGGCCGUGGAUUUCUGCACGGAGAGGGACUUCAGACUUUGUUUUCAAUUCAAGGACUCUGAGCACCGGGAUAACUUCUACAGCUGUUUGAAGAUUCUGCGAAUGUCCUUGGACACGCUGGAGAAUCCACAGAGUGAUGAAGAUUGAGGUGGAGCUCUUGCGCAGCAAAGCCUGUGAUGUGACGAACCAGAGUGAACUGAGAGUGACCAGCCAAAAUCUGGGAAGAACUUGGAUGGUAAAGUCUGUAAAGUGGCCAAAAUCUGGGGGGGGUCUCAUAGG